AAAUUGAAAUUAAGAAGAGGAUGAAACAAACAGCCGCUUGGGUACUUUUGUUCCGUCUACCUUCUGGGUCAACUGCAUUCCCGUCUCAAAUUUUCCCUCGAUAAGUUUUUCCAAUUUCUAGUCUUUGCUUCCAGAAAGAUCAGCAGCAUCCAUCAUCGAAGACCUUUAGAGAGCAAGUCUGCAAUGUCGUCGUCGGCGAUUUCUCGGCUCUGUUGCUUCUCUUCCAUUAAGCCCCGUGCGCAGCUCCGUCCACAAUUCUUUCCACCGCAUUCUCUCCGGCCCAAGGUUUUUAUAUGUAUGAGUCAUGAUGGGCAUGGCACAGAUGUAUCCAGCAUAGAGGAUAGGGCUAGUCUAAGCUAUACAUCAGAAAAACCACUUUCAGCUCCAGUAGAAUCUGUAACUGGAAAAAGUUUGAGUGAGCCACUACAAGGACAAAAUGAGCUGGUGGAGGGAGAUAUUUCCUCUCAACCUAAAAGGGCUGCAAAAAUUCACGAUUUCUGUUUUGGGAUACCAUUCGGUGGUUUUGUUCUAAGCGGAGGACUACUUGGUUUUAUUUUCUCUAGGAAUCUUGCCAAUUUAGGUUAUGGUGUUUUGUAUGGAGGUGCUUUGCUAGCUCUGAGCAUUACUAGCUUGAAGGUGUGGAGACAAGGAAACUCUAGCUUGCCAUUUAUACUAGGCCAAGCAGUACUUGCUGGUUCCCUAUUAGUGAAGAAUGUGAUGACUUACUCAUUGGUAUUUCGAUACUCAAUAAAGUUUUUUAUGUGACUUUAUAAUGCUUUAUUUAAUUGGAA